AGUAUAUUGCUUUGUACCACGUGACCUACUAUAUUUUCAGAUCUGACGGCAAAGUGAACCAGCAGAAAAAACGACCGGGAAAUCUGCGUUAUAUUGCAAAUAGGAAGGGACCGAGCUCACAACAUUAGCUGUAGCAGUCCUGUGUAUUAACUGUUCUGUCUUACAAAAUUUGUCCUUCAAAUGUGCUCGUAGAUAUCAUCGUUGGCUCGGAAUGUGUUUUAUAGGACUCUAUACGACCAUCAUAAUCACAGCUGAACUAUGCCGAAUCUAAAUAACCCGGUUUUCUCACUUUGUCCACAAAUACGACUAGAUGAAAAGUGGAUUAAAACAGACAUACAGAAUGCGUUUUCACCUGAUGGGCUGAAAAGACUGUGGAAUGAGCUUGUUAAAGAUGGAGAAAUCCCCAUCAGGCCCUCCAAUAUCAAGUUGAAUAGCGCUGGGGUCCCGGCGCACAAGGGGGAUACUGGUCGCUACUACUGUGGCCGCCAGGUACUAUCCUGCUCUUGUUGUGAUGGAUUCUGUGGCACAAGCAAUGGCUGUAACUGCCCACCAUGUCAGAAACUCGACCAGGAGGAGCGGGAAAUGAAAGAAGAGGAACAGCAGUUACCAGUUGCUGGUCCAAUCAUGGAUUCCUGGACGUGGGGGGAGCAGCCUCCCGCUAGCCAGCUCCAGGAGGCCUUGCAGGCACUGGUGUUUGAACAGCAUGAGCUAGCUAGCCAGGCCGCUGGGACAACACUCUCGGCAAUGAGACUAAGGCAGAGACUGGCCAUACUCGGGCGCUACUUUAUAGCUCUUUCACGGCACCACGAGCAAGAUGAGAGUGGUGCUAGCAAGAAGACUAAGACAGAGGAAGGCAAGCAGAUUGGCCUUUUGAGAAAGAAAAGCUCCAGAAGCACUCUAGGUAAAGACCAGGCCUCCCUCGGCCUUGCCAGGAUAGGGGCACGUGCUGCCCUCUCAUUUGCAUUUGCAUUUCUGCGGCGGGCGUGGCGUUCAGGAGAAGACUCGGACCUCUGCCAGGAGCUGCUGGAAGAAGCGCUUGAAGCUUUACAAGAUCUGCCAGAGGCAACACUGUUUGAGGAGUCAACAGUUUCCCCUGUCUGGUUAGAAGUGGUUGAGAGGGCGACAAAGUUCUUGAGAUCUGUGGUAGCUGGGAAAGGCAGUGAGGACCGUGUGUACUGCAAACCCUUGGAUGCUGUCCCUAUCUGUGAUCAGCACGUCGCCCUUGGUAUCCUGAUGGAACUGGCAGUCCAGCGCGGCACUCUCCAGUCCAUGCUAGAGGCAGUGCUUCUGCUGCUGGAACUUUGGGACAGUGGUCAGGACAAUGAUACUGAUGCUUGCUUUACUAGUGCUCCCCUGGUGGGACUUCUCAAGAGAUUCCAGGAUAUACCAAGUGCACCUCAUAAAACUUUAGAGUUUAGCAAGUUAUCUGAUGAGAGUCUGCCAUCUGGGGCCCCACAAGUGAGCCCAGUAGAGUCAUUCCUGCGCUAUCUUGACCUUCCUGAGGAUGAAUCAGAGUUUGUCGAGCUGCAGUAUGCUGCUGUGGUACUUAUCUCUCAUCUAGACAGGCUUGCUGUGCCGUAUACACCCCCAUCAUCUAAACAAAAGGUUUCCAACAUGGUGCUUAUGCAAGAAGUGUUUGGCUUCGGCUGGUUAAACUGGGGUAACACUGGCCACACGGCAGGUCCUAUCACACUUGCCGACUUAGUGGAGUUGGGUGUGCAACAGAUCAGUUGUGCUGAGAGGUCACUUGUGGUGUUGACUAGGGCGGGGAAAGUUUACAUGCAAGCCUAUUCCCAUGAAGGACAGCCCCCAGCUGAGUUGGAGUGCUUGUCCAGGAAAUGUGAAAUAGUCCAAGUUGUGACCCACACUGAUGGUAAACACUUCCUGGCCCUGACCAGGGAGGGGGAGGUCUACUCUUGGGGAUCUGGUGAUGGUGGCAAGCUUGGCCAUGGUGAUACCAGCCCACGUGAGGAGCCUACCCUUGUCACUGGACUGGCAGGCAAGCAGGUGAUACGGAUCUCAUGUGGAAGCACCCACAGUGCUGCAGUGACGUCUGAAGGAGAGCUGUACACCUGGGGGAGAGGCAACUAUGGGCGACUAGGGCAUGGAAGCAGUGAAGACCAGCUUGUCCCAGUGUUGGUGAGUGGCUUGAGAGGACAUCACAUCAUUGAUGUGGCCUGUGGUAGCGGCGACGCCCACACCCUGGCAGCAGCCGAUGAUGGGACUGUGUGGUCAUGGGGCGAUGGGGACUAUGGCAAACUAGGGCGUGGUGGUAGUGACGGGUGCAAGAAUCCUAAAUCUAUAGAGAGGCUCCAGGGACUGGGCGUUUGCAAGGUGUACUGUGGUGCCCAGUUCUCUCUAGCCUUGACGCGCGAUGGAUCUGUGUGGACUUGGGGUAAGGGCGAGGGCUUCCGUCUGGGUCACGGCACAGAGGACCAUGUCCGGCACCCCAAGCUGGUUGAAGCGCUUGAUGGCAAGCAUGUCGUGGAUGUGUCUGUUGGCUCCAUCCAUUGCUUGGCUUUGACUGACGCAGGUGAAGUGUACUGCUGGGGACGUAAUGAUCAGGGCCAGCUUGGAGACAUCGACUGCCAAAUCAGGCCAGAGCCAACCUUGGUAUCUGGACUGGCCAGCAAGGGAAUUGUGGGUAUUGCGUGUGGACCAGCACAGAGUUUUGCAUGGUCGUGUGCUGGACAGUGGAGUGUCGGUACUCGACUGCAAUUUUGCGUGGAUGUGUGUAAGCGCACGUUUGAACACCUGGACGCACUGCUCCGACGAGUGAGCGAGGACCUCACAGGCUCCCAGGACUGGCCCCCACCCCCUCAGGAGAAAGAGUGUAUCGCAGUUUCUGCCCUUAACUUGCUCCGUCUGCAGCUACAUGCCGCCAUAACAGAGGACGUGGUCGCAGCAGAGUUAGGACUAGGCGUGGGAAGCAAGCUGCUACAGUCCCUCAAGCAGCAGGUCGUCACCCUCGCCAGCAAUAAGGGUGUCCUCAAGACGGUACAGGGUGCUGCACAAGGUGCACUAAGGAGCGGGUGGGUGCUGCUCUUACCCACGCCAGAGGAGAGGGCCAAAGCACUUACAGAGCUUCUCACAGAAACGGGUGACCGGCAAAGCACUCAGCAGACUGGGAGGAAGUUCAUGAUCAACCUGCUGAUAUCCAGCCUGAUGGCCGAGGGAAGUCUGGAACAGGCUCUAGAGAAUGCUAUUGACCAGGAGACGAGCUGCUACACGGGGGAAAAGGACCUGGGCAUAGAUACCAAGGAAAGCAUCACCGCCAUUCCGCUACUCUAUCUUACUCAACAGUUACUCAAGACGUCUUGUACCCAAACACUGGCUGCAUUCAAAGAGCUGUUUGUUCGUCCACCCAAGAUGCAGUGGCCGUACACCCAGCCACCACAACCGGUUACUGUGGAGCUGCUACUUAAGCUGCAGCGUCUGUUGAUCGGCAACUUCUUCAUGAGUGACGAUGGCGAGGAAAACCCAUGGUUUGUAGGUAAUGGUUCCGCCGCUGCUCCAUCCAAGAAGCAGAUAAGUGCAGCAUGCCUUCUGCGUAAGUACACCUCACUAGUGUGUGCCCAUGUCGCCGAGGUAUUGCCCGUUGCAUGCUCCUUGGCAGCGAAUGGACCUCGUUACUACGUGGCCGCUUCCCAGCUUGUGCAGGGAGAAUACACGGGCGUGCUGCUGCCCGAGCUCCUGGUCUGUGUUGUCCUGCUCCAGACGUCACUGCCAAUGGUUCUAGACACCGCUCAUAUUGUCCAGGCUCUGGCUGGCCUACUUGACCUUCUCGACAAGUUUAAUAAACUUGCCCCGGGUGUUACCAAGGAAGAUGAGGAGGAUCUCGCAUGGCCUGGUGGGAUAGGUAGCCCAACCCCAGCACGUCGAUACGGCGAGACUGGAAGCCUGACGUUGAUACGCCCCGAAGACCUUGAGAACCAUAACAAGGAGGGGGGCAUGUGGGUCGUUAUCCACGGCAAGGUCUACGACCUCAAGGACUUCAAGGAAGAGGCUCCGUGUGGGGAGUCGCUACUACAGAAGUAUGCAGGUGAGGCAAAAGCAUGUGACGCAACUAAGGCAUUCGAAGAAGCGAAUCAUUCGUAUGAGGCUCGCAUGAUGAUGCAGGAUCACCUUGUCGGUACAUUCGUAGAGCCCGAGCAGGAAUUCGCCUUAGACAGUGCGCUGACCGUAUCGUCACCUCUGAUCGACUCUGAACGAACCCUCGGCCUGCUUCUCGGCCUUUAUUCGCAUCAUCUCGUGCAAAGCAUGCCGGUAUCGCCCGAGGAAGAGGAGAAUGAUAAGUGGCUGUCAGCGGACUUCUUUGCUGGUGGCGUGGAGCCUGCUUUUGUAGAACAGGCAUACAAGAAAAGGAGCCGAGAUAAAGAUUCCAAAGAUGAGAAGAUCGAGCAGUUUACCCAGCCAACUUCCACAGGCGACCCAUGUAAGCCCUUCCUGCUGGCCCUGUCCGACACCAAGGUGGAGGAUCCCACCGCACUCAAGUUUCUCUCCAUAGUAGAGCGGUACUGCCGCCAAAAGCGACUUGUCCUGCCUAUCGAGUUUGCUGCGGAUCACCCUGUUGAGAAGGUUGGCAGACUGCUCAUGGUCUGCCUCAUGAAACACCAGGAUCUUGGAAGCACCGCUCUCAGCCUAGUUGACCAGCAGGACCACGCCCUCAAAUCCACCUCUCUACCAGACUUGUCCGGCCCAGGCCCAAGUCCCGGACUCACACCUAUCACCAUUAACAAGCCUUUGUCCGAGGUCCUCAAAGUGGUGCAUCAAGCCAAGUGCGCACUCAUCAAGGCGCGGCAGGAGUCGUCCCGGUCUUACGACGAGGUGUGCCUCCCGGCGCUAGAGCGCUGCCGCUUCCUUUUCAAUGUGCUUCGGCCCGCCGUCUCCACUGAUGCAGCUACCAUCAGUCGUAUGCACAUCCGUAACAUCACGACCAGGUGGAAACGCAUCGUGCGGCAAAUCAUCCGGGACAAACACAUGCAGCAGGGCUUGGAUAAAUCCACGGUUACAGAGAAGCGUGGCUCUACUGAAAUGGGUGCGGUUCCUGGCGAGAAAAUACAUUCAGCGGAAGAUGCUCACAAAGCUCUACAGAAAAAGGAGGCGGAUCUGCCGGCGCUCCGGACCACAUCCCUUACGAGUUUGCGUAAAGUGAAGUGGCUGAGAGAACGCCUCAUGUCUUCCUCUGCUGAGACAGUCCUCAUGAAGCACAUCAAGGAGUUCGUGCUAACGGAUGAGCCUAUAGACGUACAAAUGCUACACAAGUCCUUAGAGAACCAGGUUGAGCGUGCGCGGUGUCGACUGCAUGGUGCAGAAAGCCUUCUUUCUCUUGUGGCUAAAGACCAACUGAUCUCAUCUGUGCGCUACGCCAUCUUGUGCGGAUGGCAAGGACUUCUCUCUUCUCGAUCGUCACUAAGUGAGCCGGCAAAGCACUGUUUGGCUGAUAUCGAACUGGUGCCACCAUGUGACCGCGUGGUUUUGGAGACAACCUUUGCGAAGAUCAACACAUGGUCUAUCGACAUGCUGAGACAAGCCGUUUUCUACGCCAGCCAGGCUUUCGAGAAGGGCGAGGGAAGGUCCGACCCAGUGCCAGACCAGUACCGCGGGGGCUUGUCACUUGGUGCGCUACCGGUAGCUCGUUUCCUAUUGGCUGCCCUGGGUAUGCUGACCGCUGAUCACAGUGCUGGGGGCGUCAGCCUCGUUUUGAGCUCCGGAGUGUUAGGCUUGACCCAGACCAUCAUGCGCCUUGCUGGGCCGUGCGAUACUGGGGAGGAGGAAGAUGCAGCGCUUGCUGCAAUCAUUGAUGAGGGGAAGGCUGCUAAGAAGCGCCCAACUGUACCCCUGACGGGACCAGAGGUGGCUAAGAUGUUGAAGAUUGGAACCCGCGUGGUGCGAGGUCCUGACUGGAAAUGGGGAGACCAGGAUGGCCCGCCUCCGAGCGAAGGCCGGAUUAUCGGGGAGCUGGGAGAGGAUGGCUGGGCGCGUGUUCAGUGGGAGACAGGGAGCACUAACUCCUACCGCAUGGGCAAGGAGGGCAAGUACGACUUGAAGCUGGCAAGACCCCCUCCAAUACCGGAGAGUAGUGACGAGGAAGAGGAAGACAUGAAGGAUGACUCGAAGACAGAGAAGACUGAGAUCCAGGCAAGCCACCCUACUGCGCUCAUCCGCCGCUCCUGCAUCUGCUUGAUGCGAGCCCUGGCACUGACAUGCGGUCUUCAUGCGGACUCCAUCCAGACGAGUCAAGUGCGAACUGUCAGCACACUUUUGCAUAAGCUGGUAUCUGCAGGCACCAAAUGCACAGCUGGCGAAAGGUACGAGGCGGUCCUCUAUCAGCAGUACCGUGAUUGGGCCAAACUUGGGUUUGUGCGCAGUGUAGCAAUCACCCCAGCCAUGUGUAUGGCCCUCAGUACUCAACAGUGGGUGGACCUACUCCUGCGGAUGAUGAGUGGCACCCUGCCUAAUGAGGAUGUGCCUGCAGCAGUAUCAGCAAGUCACCUACCGAGACAGGUCUUGGCGCUGCGGUUGCUACGGACAGUGCUAUCGUCUUGGGAAAAGAGGAAAGACUUGGCAAGGAUGGAUGAUCUGGUGGAGAAGCUUUUUGCUUUGCUUGGAAAAGUUUUAAUGGCAUGCACUGGAACAUUACCAAUAUUACACAGUGCCGGCGAGAAAGGAAGGCGUGGUCGCAGAAAGCCGAAGGCCCCAGCUUCGAUCUCUGCAACCUACAGCAGUACAGUUGCCGAGGAAUUGGUAGCUCUACUGCGCAGACUCCACUCUCUUGAUGACUGGAACCAGCCCAUUAAUACCUUCAUCAGCCAGAGGCUUGGUGGCAUAGCCCUUAUGACGUCAUCGCCAGGAGAAAGUGAGGAAGGAGAGCCAGCACAGAUCCCUAGCGAAGCAUUUGAUGACCCCUCGGCCCAGGGCCCUGUGAUGGCCGUGCUUGCGGUCAUUGGUGGCGUCGACAGUCGGCCUCGUCUUGGUGGACUGGUAACCCAUAAGGAUUGGGGUCUGGGCACCGUUAGCCGUAUUGCGCCAAACGGUAAAGUUACCGUGCAGUCCAAAAACCACAGCAAGCCCAAGAUAUGUCCAAUCUCUCAGCUGAAAGCGGUGCCAGUAUUCCCAUUUUCAGUCGAAUAUCUGCCCAUGUCUGAGGCAGCAAUUGGGAUCUGGGCGUCGCUAGUCCGACUUGCCGGCACAGGAAGGCGCAAGACUGUCGAGCCUCCUGCUCAGGAUUUUGUGUUACCUACGCCCCCAGGAGAUGAGGAUUCCAACAGGACCAGACCCAACAGACCUGACACCAGCAAAGAAGAAGAUGUGGACACUGCAUUGCUUCGUCAGCAGCAGAUCAACCUUGGGCUUCUAAAAGCAGCACGUGUCCUCUUCAGCCGCCAAGAUAACCUGCGACAAAUCCUUACUCACCAGGGAGGGGAUGAGGCUGGUAAUACGUUUUCAUUGCACCAGUUAAUGACAGCAGCUAUCAAGCCGUCACCCAUCAAGUCCCUCUUUGACAGGGAAGAGCUUGAGGCUGCUGCUUUAGCCACUUGCCAGUUCCUUGCCACUGAGGCAACCAAGCCCGACGAGCACCCUAUUUCCCCACCCCCCGAGCCGGAACCCCCUAACGACAGCAACCAAGCCCCUCUGUCCGUCAAGCCUCAACCUAAGCAGCCCAAGCUGAGUAAGAAGGUGCGCGUCAAGAAGCAGGGCAGCUCACCUGUCACGCCUGCUGUACAGCAGCUGAUCGAGAUGGGCUUCCCUCGUCAGCACGUGGAGUACGCUCUCAAGGAGUUGAGAGAGGAAGAGGACCCUCGGCCAGAGUUAGUGGUCGCCUGGCUUCUAGACCACCCUGAGGUCUCGGUCCCUGAACUAACAGAACCAUCGUCAAGUGAUGACUCUUCAGAUAUCGAUGAUGGCGACGAGGAUGGAUGUACCGACCUGAGCUCGACGAGUGAUUCCGAUUCCAGCGCGAGCGACACCGAGGGCACUAGCCCUCCUACAGACUUUAAGGUUCGGAGUGACUUCUCCAGUAAUGACGAGUACGCGCGCUACGUACGUGACCAUAUACAGACGGGCAUGAUGGUGCGGUGCUGCCGGACGUACGAGGAGGUGCAUGAGGGUGAUAUAGGACGGGUCAUCAAGCUGGACCGUGAUGGUCUUCAUGACCUUAAUGUACAGGCCGACUGGCAGCGUAAAGGCGGGACAUACUGGGUGCGCUAUUCACAUGUAGAGCUUCUUGGCCACGAUUCAUAUGCUCAACGAGGCAUCAUCAAAGUGGGGGACCAGGUACGAGUCAAGACCACGGUGACCACGCCCAAGUACAAGUGGGGCUCUGUCAAUCAUAAUAGCAUCGGCACAGUAGUGUCCCUGAGCCCUAACGGCAAGGACGUCAAGGUGGACUUCCCUCAGCAAGCGAACUGGACCGGGCUUAUCACCGAGAUGGAGGUGGUACCACCCAGCCACCCAGGCGUCACCUGCGAUGGGUGUCAUACAUUCCCUAUAGAGGGCUCUCGCUUUAAAUGCAAGACUUGUCCCGACUUUGACUACUGCGAAAACUGCUUCCGUGUUCGCCGCAGCCAUCGACAUCCUUUCUACCGAUUCGAUGAGCCUGGAAGUAUCCCUGUUAACGCUGGCAAGCCAGGUCGCGGGCGCAGCAGGCCGUCUGUGGCACCUGCGUCUGGUGACGUCAUUAUGAAGGACUGGGGUCGAGUGGUUAAGAAUCUGACUGUGUCAUCACGCGAGAGCCAAGCCGCCAAGCUUUUUGAUGGCACAGAGUCCUACUGGCAGUCAUCAGGGCCACAGGGGAAGCACUGGAUACGCUUGGAGCUGUUUCCAGAUCUCCUGAUCCAUCGGCUGUGCAUGACCGUGGAUCCGUCAGACAGUAGCUACAUGCCGUCCCUGGUGGUCAUAUCAGGGGGAGACACCGUCUCACGUCUGAAGGAUAUAAAGACCGUUCACAUUGGGUCCAGUGACUCUCUUGUUACCCUUCUAGAAGAGGCACCGGAGGAGUACCGCUAUAUCGAAAUCAGCAUCAGGCAGUGUAAGAGCAGCGGCAUCGACUGUAAAGUCCAUGGCCUGACCAUCUCAGCGCGACCCAAAGCAGACGAAGACGACGUGGCCGCCAGCUUCUCCUUCUUGGCCCUUGACGAUGAUCAGGAUGCGGCCAGGCAGAGAAGGCUGUCCAGGAGAAAGCGCAGCGUGUCUGAUAGUGGCCAGGAAGGCCAGAUUAAAGUGUUUGUCUGGGGGUUGAACGAUAAGGAUCAGCUAGGAGGGCUCAAGGGCUCCAAGAUCAAGGUGCCCGUCCUGUCGGAGUUUAUAGGCGCGCUUAAGGUGCAACAAAUUGCCGGCGGCUCCAAGACCCUUUUUGCAGUAUCACACGACGGCAAAGUGUUUGCCUGUGGCGAGUCGACCAACGGGAGACUGGGCCUUGGGCCACUCUCGGCCAACGUGACGGUCCCGAGACAAAUUGAGACGCUCAGCUCAUUCAUGGUCAGGAAGGUGUCGGUGCACUCGGGAGGCAGACACGCGAUGGCGCUCACCAUUGAGGGCAAGCUCUUCUCGUGGGGAGAGGGCGAGGACGGCAAGCUUGGACAUGGCAAUAGAAUGAACUGCGACCAUCCAAAGCUCAUCGACACGUUCAAAAGCUCGUGUGUGCGGGACAUGUCGUGUGGGAGCUCGCAUAGCGCCGCGAUCCUGUCCAGCGGCGAGCUUUACACGUGGGGACUGGGCGAGUACGGAAGACUGGGGCAUGGGGACAACUACACGCAUCUUAAACCCAAAAAGGUCCAGUCAUUUACUAGCCAUCGCGUGAUUGACAUCGCAUGCGGGAGUCGUGACGCCCAAACACUCGCCUUGACUGAUGACGGCACUGUCUGGUCUUGGGGUGAUGGUGACUUCGGCAAGCUGGGUCGUGGCGGCAGCGAGGGGUGUAGUGUGCCAAACCCAGUCGAAAAGCUCCAGGGUCAGGGUGUGUGCAAGGUGGCGUGCGGAGCACAGUUUUCGCUCGCCCUUUCUACCUCGGGACUUGUUUGGACCUGGGGAAAGGGCGAUUAUUAUCGCCUCGGCCAUGGUAACGACACACACGUUCGCAAGCCACAGAUCGUAGAUGGGCUGCGAGGCAAGAAGAUCGUAGAUGUGGCGGUGGGUGCGCUGCACUGCCUGGCUGUCACAGAUUCGGGGCAGGUGUUCGCCUGGGGAGACAAUGAUCACGGCCAACAAGGCAACAACACAACAACAGUAAACCGGCGACCACAGCUUGUCAACGGCCUAGAAGGGCAAAAGAUAACCCGAGUAGCCUGUGGUUCAUCACACAGUAUUGCCUGGGCCGAGUCGGACCUGCCCACACCAGCAACCCAUGAGCCAGUGAUGUUCCCGGUAUCCCGUGACCCUUUAGGAGCGUCGUGCCUGGCUCCUGAGCCCACACAAUCUCCUUCUGCUACUAUCCUAGACACCAUCAGUAACAAUGACUUCAUCAGUGGCAAGCGCCACCGGCCUUCACUCGCUAAGAUCGUGUUAUCGUUGAACACAAACUGCGAGCGCCAGCAAGCACUUGGUCACAUCCUCACGGCACUGCAGAUUAUCUACGCACGAGAUGCCGUGGUAGGCGCCCUCAUGGACUCGCAGGCGUUCCUCGCAUCUGACCCGAAGGCCAGCCCGCGGGAUGACCCGACAGACGAGGCCGUGUCACUCGCCAGCGUACCAGAAGUGUCACUAGAUGACGUGACACUGACGGUGGAGAGUCACGCGUCACGCCAGGCAGUUGUGGAAGAUCUGGAUGAGUUUACCGCUGGACUCGGGCCUGAAGACGCGCGUUUGUUGGUUGAGCUGUUGAAGCUGGCAGUUGCGGGACGUGCUGGGGAACCGGGCCAAGAUGUCUUGUCACGUGUUCUGCGAAGUCUCGCUCAGGGACGCCCAGAGAUAGCAGAUAUGCUUCUUGAGCUGUGCAUCACCGAACUAGAAGACGUUACCACAGACAACUCCAUCGUACACUCCGCCUUCCAACCAGUUGUCCAAGAAAGCAGUCACCCCUACACCGACGACACAAACACCUCGGGUGUGGUCAAGGUCGCCGGUGCAGAAGGCCUGAGGGUAGAGUUUGACCGCCAAUGCUCGACCGAGCGCCGCCAUGACCCCCUGACAAUCAUGGACUCCACUGGCCGUAUCCUGUCACUCCGGUCAGGGCGUGAGUGGUCCGAGUGGGCUAGCGAACUGCGCGUGAGUGGAGACGAGCUGCGGUGGAAGUUCACUAGUGACAGCUCGGUGAAUGGGUGGGGCUGGAGGUUCACCGUGUACCCCAUCGCGCCGGCAGCAGCACCAUGCGAUGUUAUGUCAGACAGAGCCCUGCUCUUCAGGCCCUCUAUCGACCUUGUGCGCUGCUUGCUGGAUUUCCAACUCGAGACACUUUGUAGCCCGUCCCAGAUCCCUCGCCUUGCCGCGUCUCUUGGUGCGUGCGCACAGCUCAGCACGCUGUCCGCAUCCCAGCGUACGUGGGCUCUGCACCGUUUGCGAAAGCUGCUCCGGUCUGACGUGGGUCCUCCUCUCGACGUGCCGACGCUGUUGGGCUACAAUUUGAUGUACGACCAGCCGCCAAUCAGACUCAAGCACAUCGGACAGCAUCACAUGACCAGCGCGAUUUCUGGGUCGUCCCUUGGAAGCUUAGUGCGGGGACUUCCGGAGGCUCUUCAAAGACAGUACGAAUACGAGGAGCCACUCGUGCGUGGCGGGAAACACUUGAUGCACAGCGACUUUUUCAAGGUGAUGGUGGCACUUGCCUGUGACCUUGGCAUUGACCUGUUGCCAUGUUGUAUGGAUCGACACGAGUGGGCCUGGUUCCGACGCUUCUGUAUGGCAUCCCGCAUCGCCUCCUCGCUAGAGUCCAGGCUCCCUCUGCCCUAUAACUUCGUGCAGGAUGUGCGUGAGAAAAUCCUUGAGCUCAUUCCCGAGGAGUGUGGGGACGGGGAGGAAUAUGUCAGCCAUACCGUCUUUAAGCGGGAACAAGACGAACAGCUGUUGCUUUGGCUGAACCAACGACCCUCUGACUGGACAAUGACGUGGGGAGGGAGCGGUACCAUAUAUGGAUGGGGUCACAAUCAUAGAGGUCAGCUUGGAAGCCUGGAAGGUGCAAAGGUGAAGCUGCCACAGACUAUCGAGGCGCUUGCUUCCAUCAGGCCCGUCCAGAUAGUUGGUGGGGAGCAGACACUGUUUGCUGUCACAGCUGAAGGCAAGGUGUAUGCCACUGGGUAUGGUCAUGGAGGCCGCCUGGGACUGGGAGGUACAGAUACCGUCACGUCCAUCAAGAUGCUGGAGUCCUUGCAACACGUGGUGGUCCGUAAGGUGGCAGUACACUCAGGAGGGAAACAUGCCAUGGCGCUUAGCGCAGACGGUGACGUGUACUCCUGGGGCGAGGGAGAUGACGGCAAACUCGGCCAUGGUAACAGGAAUUCCUGCGAUCGCCCGCGUGUGAUUGAAGCUCUCCGUGGCAAGGGCGUCAUCGACAUCUCGUGCGGCGGCUCUCACUCCGCGUGCAUUACCCAGAAUCACGAGCUGUACACGUGGGGCAAAGGCCGCUAUGGUCGCCUUGGACACGGUGACAGCGAGGACCAGCUGCUGCCCAAAGUGGUAGAGGCGCUGCGUGGCAACCGGGUGAUUGACGUGGCGUGUGGUAGUGGAGAUGCACAGACUUUGUGUUUGACGGAUGAUGACUGUGUGUGGUCAUGGGGGGAUGGAGACUAUGGCAAGUUAGGGCGUGGCGGAAGCGAUGGGUGCAAGAUACCCAUGAAAGUGGAGUCGUUGAUCGGUCUUGGUGUCAGUAAAGUGGAGUGUGGUUCACAGUUCAGCGUCGCGCUCACCAGAUCUGGGGCCGUGUACACUUGGGGCAAGGGUGAUUAUUACCGUCUCGGUCAUGGCGUUGAUGACCAUGUGCGCAGACCUAAACGAGUUGCUGCACUCCAAGGGAAGAAGGUUAUCGCCAUAGCAACCGGCUCGCUCCACUGCGUAGCAUCGACAGACACGGGUGAGGUGUAUACAUGGGGCGACAACGAUGAGGGGCAACUUGGAGAUGGAACUACGAAUGCCAUAGCUCGACCACGCCUAGUCACCGCCUUACAGGGUAAGAAAAUCAGCCGUGUGGCGUGUGGUUCCGCCCAUACUAUCGCGUGGUCCACGUGCAAGCCCGUGAAUGCCGGUCGGCUACCGGACGAGGUGCCCAUGGAGUACAACCACCUUCAGCACAUUCCCCUCGCCGCAACAAGAAACAGGUUGAUCCUGUUACACGAGUUCUCUGAGCUGUUCUGCACAUCCGUCACUCUGUUUGACCUUGACCCUGGCCAUGAGGAGACCCUGGAUUACGGACCUCUUGUGGGGCUCGAUACCCUCCGGGGCGUGCUCAUACCCAGCAAUAAGGAAACAGCGUUCCGCAAGGUAGUACAAACAACGAUGGUACGGGACCGGCAGCACGGGCCAGUAAUCGAGCUCAACCGCAUUCAGGUAAAGAAAUACCGGUCCAAAGGCGGCCUGGCCGGACCGGACGGGCUCAAGUCCGUAUUCGGACAGGCAUGUGACAAGAUGAGUAAUUUUGGGCCUGAAAGUCUGUUUCUUCCCCACCGUGUCUGGAAGGUAAAGUUCAUCGGCGAGAGCGUUGAUGACUGUGGCGGAGGCUACUCCGAGUCUAUUGCCGAGAUGUGCGACGAGUUGCAGAAUGGAUCCCUCCCUCUGCUCAUCGUUACACCCAAUGGCCGCGAGGAGUCUGGGGCCAAUCGAGAUUGCUUUAUCCUCAACCCUGACGCUACCAGCGCGGUGCAUCUUGGGAUGUUUCGCUUUCUUGGAAUGCUUAUUGGGAUAGCCAUACGCACAGGUAGCCCACUCAGUCUGAACCUGGCCGAACCCACGUGGAAGCAGCUGGCGGGGAUGACCUUGACCGUCACGGAUCUCGCCGAAAUCGACAAGGACUACGUCCCCGGGUUAAUGUGCAUUCGGGACAUGGACGCCGCUGCUCUGGAGGCAAUGGACAUGCCCUUUAGUACGCCGAGCGCUAGCGGGCGCGAGAUGAGGCUUCACGCCAAGAUGAAGACCAUCUGCCAGGAGAACCGAGAAGAGUAUGUGCGGCUUGCCCUUAACCACCGACUUCACGAAUUUGAUCAACAGUGUUCCGCUGUCCGUGAAGGCAUGGGGCGAGUAGUCCCGGUCCCUUUUCUCUCUUUGUUUACCGGUCCUGAGCUGGAGACGAUGGUAUGCGGAAGCCCCGACAUCCCCCUGGACCUCCUCAAGUCCGUGGUCACGUACAAGGGCAUUGACGGCAACGCGCCGCUGGUGCGCUGGUUCUGGGACACCUUGGAGAGCUUCUCGAAUGCUGAGCGCUCGCUGUUCCUGCGCUUCGUGUGGGGCCGUACCCGCUUGCCGAGAACCAUCGCCGACUUUCGCGGGCGGGACUUUGUGUUCCAGGUGCUGGAUAAGUACAACCCUCCCGAUCACUACCUGCCCGAGUCCUACACUUGCUUCUUCCUGCUCAAGAUGCCGCGCUACUCGAGCCACCGCAUCCUAUGUGAGAAGCUUAAAUACGCCGUGCACUUUUGCAAGUCCAUUGACUCGGAUGACUACGCGCGCAUCGACCUCACCGGGGAGCAAGCCGAGGCAUUCGACGACGUGGAUGCAUUUUAGUGUAACGCCAACAAUUGCGUCAUUUGAAUUGCGUGACGUGAAUGGAUUUAGAAGGACGUAAUGCGUCAUACAAUCACGUCAUUUGGGUUGCGUGACUGAUAAAUCUGAGAGAAACGCCAUACGAUUACGUCAUCUGAGUUGCUUGACGUGAUGAACUCGAGAGCGACGCCAUACGAUUACCUCAUUUGAGUUUCGUGUCGUGGAUGCAUUUUAGAGUCCGGGUUAUGAGUUACAUUUCAGGCGUCAUACAAUUACGUCAUCUGAGAUAGGUUACCCCACCUUUUGUCGGCAAAGAGAGGUUUUGGCUGUGAGGGGCUCGGUCAUCCGGGCAUUUGCCUCUGUGAAGCUGCACGGCCCACUCCCCCUCGUCCAUCGGCUAUGGAGCUGGUGCCGUUCAAAGUACUAUUCACGAUACCCAAUUGCACAAGUACGUGCGGUAAAGGAUUUGGGUGGGAUGAUUUUGUAACUCUUUCACGAUAUUUAAUUGCACAAGUACGUGCGAUGAAGGAUUUGGGUGGGAUGGAUUUUGUAACUCGUCCUUUGUGCCUCUAGAUAUUGAUGUUUUAGGCGUGUGUGAGUGUAUUUUGUCGUGUUGUCGGUGUGUUGGCUCGAGUAUAAGCCAGCACCGUAACUGUUUCUUGGCCAAAGUUCAAAUAGCCGACAAAGGUUUAAUUUAACAGAAAAUGAGAGCUGGCGUACCUUGCCACCCGCUUGCCUUUUGAAGUAAAUAAAAGUGAACUUGCAAAUAA